AAUAUGAAUACAAAAUCCAUUCUAGAAGAGCUUCUUCUCAAAAGGUCACAGCAAAAGAAGAAAAUGUCUCCAAGUAAUUACAAAGAGCGCCUUUUUGUUUUGACCAAGACAAACCUCUCCUAUUAUGAAUAUGACAAAAUGAAAAGAGGCAGUAGAAAAGGAUUGAUCGAGAUCAAGAAAAUAAGAUGUGUGGAGAAAGUCAAUCUUGAGGAGCAAACUCCUGUGGAGAGACAGUACCCAUUUCAGAUUGUCUAUAAAGACGGUCUUCUUUACGUCUAUGCAUCAAAUGAAGAGAGCCGAAGUCAGUGGCUGAAAGCAUUACAGAAAGAGAUCAGGGGCAACCCCCAACUGCUGAUCAAGUACCACAGUGGGUUCUUCGUGGACGGGAAGUUCCUGUGCUGUCAGCAGAGUUGCAAAGCAGCCCCAGGAUGUACUCUCUGGGAAGCAUAUUCUGAGCUGCACGUCCCAACCAGUGAAGAGAAAUGCAGAACUCCCACCUUGCCAGAGAGGGUGCUAAAGAUUCCCCCAGUCACUCCGAAUCUCAAAAUGACCAGACCAUCUUCAAGUACUGCUCUAUGCCGGUAUGACAGUGAUCAGAAAACAGACUGUGGCUCCCAGCCAAAUGUUAAGAGCAUCCCCUAUAUUCCGAGGGAAGACUGCCCUGACUGGUGGCAAAUAAAAUUCAGAAGCAGUGAAGAGUUUGCAUACAGUAAACAACAGGAAAGAAAUGUUAAUCACAGCACCUCAAAGAUAGCAUGGGGGUUCCCUGAAUCAAAUUCAUCUGAAGAUGAGGAAAACCUGGAUGACUAUGAAUGGUUUGCAGGUAAACUGUCCAGGUCACAAUCUGAGCAGUUACUGAGACAAAAGGGAAAAGAGGGAGCAUUCAUGGUUAGAAAUUCCAGCCAGGCUGGAAUGUACACAGUGUCCUUGUUUAGUAAGGCUGUGAAUGACAAAUCAGGAGCGGUCAAACAUUACCACGUGCACAGAAAUGCUGAGAACAAAUUGUACCUGGCAGAAAACUACUGCUUUGACUCCAUUCCAAAACUUAUUCACUAUCAUCAACACAACUCAGCAGGAAUGAUCACACGACUCCGACACCCUGUGUCAACCAAGAUCAACAAGGUUCCCACCUCUGUGUCCUUGGGAAGCGGGAUCUGGGAACUGAAAAGAGAAGAGAUUGCAGUGAUGAAGGAACUGGGCAGUGGCCAGUUUGGAGUGGUUCACCUGGGCAAGUGGAAGGGGCAGUACGAUGUUGCUGUGAAGAUGAUCAAGGAGGGCUCCAUGUCAGAAGAUGAAUUCUUCCAGGAGGCCCAGACCAUGAUGAAACUCAGCCAUCCCAAGCUGGUAAAAUUCUAUGGAGUGUGUUCAAAGAAAUACCCGAUAUAUAUAGUCACCGAAUACAUAACAAAUGGCUGCUUGCUUGAUUACUUGAAGAGUAAUGGGAAAGGACUUGAACCCUGCCAGCUCUUAGAAAUGUGCUAUGAUGUCUGUGAAGGCAUGGCUUUCCUGGAAAGUCACCAGUUCAUACACCGGGACUUGGCUGCUCGGAACUGCUUGGUAGACAGUGAUCUCUCUGUGAAAGUAUCUGACUUUGGAAUGACCAGGUAUGUUCUUGAUGAUCAGUAUGUCAGCUCAGUGGGAACGAAAUUUCCUGUCAAGUGGUCAGCGCCAGAAGUGUUCCACUACUUCAAAUACAGCAGCAAGUCUGAUGUGUGGGCAUUCGGAAUCCUGAUGUGGGAAGUGUACACCCUUGGAAAGCAGCCCUAUGACUUGUAUGACAAUUCCCAGGUGGUGGUGAAGGUCUCCCAGGGCCACAGACUUUACCGACCCCAACUGGCCUCGGACACCAUCUACCAGAUCAUGUACAGCUGCUGGCAUGAGCAUCCCGAAAAGCGGCCGACAUUUCAGCAACUCUUAUCUUCCAUUGAACCACUUCGGGAAAAAGAUAAGCCUUGA